CGUUGGGGUGAAGACGUGUGGGUUAGAUGGUGCGGGUCGGGAGCGCGGCAACUCGUGGGCUUCUCUUUAGGUAAACAAACCGAGGAGUCGAAAGCGGCGCCCGGACCGUCCGUGGCGCGAUGUUGUGGCGUAAGCAAGUGUCCUAAGCGUCCUGCCCUGCCCCUCCUCUCCCUCCUCCCCUCCAGCUGCCCUUCAAGCCCGCAGAAACUAAGGUGUGACAACGGUGUGAACGGCUCCCCAGGUGCUCAUCGCGGACACACAACCUUGACCGGCCCGGCACACUGACGCAAAAGGAGAGGAACAAAAGAAAAAGAAAAAAGGAUAAAGAAUAAGCUGAAAAAGAAAAACUGACAAGCAAAAAACACACGAACUCGUUUCUUAUUCAUUCACCUGGCCACCUCGGCGCGCUCGCACACACACACGCACACGCACACACACACACACACACACACACACACACACACCGCUACGAAAGUCAGUCUCCCGCAGCUGUCUUCAAAACGUCAGCCGUAAAUAUUCACCCAAAACUUAUUUCACGUCUCACCGAAUCGAGCAAAAGUUGAACGCAAAACCCUCAACGACGCAUCGCUUCUUGGACAGUGACGACGACGAAGAGGAGAAGGAGGGGGAGGAGGAGGAGGAAGCGGAGGAGAAGCUAACAGAGGGCAACAGCGGGUAAUAAAGGGUAACGGAUAGGAAGCGAGGAGGAAAAAGAGAGGAUUCCCUUCGGCUGGCAAGACUCGGAUGUAGGAAAAAAGCGUGAGUGAGGAGAAAGAGAACCGCGCCACGUAGACGGAAAGUGCGAUGUGCCAAAAAGAAAAAUCGCCGGCGCUGAGUCUAAUGCGAAGUCAAAUACAUUAAACUGUGAUCACGCCGUCUGCCUCCGCCUCUGCUGCCACUCCUGCUCCUUCCUCCUCCUCCUUCUCCUCCUCCUGCUUCUCCGUUUGCGUAAGUUUUCAGAAAAUUUUUGGGGUGGCUGUUCCUCCCUCGCGCUGUUUACCAAUUACAGCGAAAUCUCAUUAAACUCGAAACACAUGCGACUGAAGUGUUUUUAAAUCGUGUUUUGAGUGUUGCCGCUGAACUCUGGUGUUUAUGUGAAUGUGUAUCCUAAUCAAAUUCACCGGCGGAAAUAACUACGUGAACAAUAUUAUGCGUUCGAUGUGCUACCGUGUGAUCGUGUUACAGCCAUUAUUCGGUAUCAUUUGCCACAAAGAAGUAAAAUGAAUAUAAAGCGAUUGGUUCAUGACAAUUUAAUUACAGCGUGCACAAAAGGCAAACAAAGGGACGCGGGGGCGGGUCAAAUGGCUCAGCACGUUUAGAUUACAUAUUAUUGUAACACAUCAAAGCGGCGGGGGAAAAAUAACAUCCGUAUAUAUGGAUUUUAAUAACAAAUAUCAUCCCGUUCGUUGCCAGUGAUGCAGAUUUAAUCCUCGAAAUCACAGAUGAAACUACACUGCCUUGAAACGAAACAGGAAACACAGACUCAAAAACCAACAUCCCCUCCAUAAAAUGAAUAGAUAAAACAAUAAACAAAUAAUAAAACGAACGAAAAGCAGCAAAAAAAAAACAAGAACGAGUGCUUGUAGAAACUAACUAACCACAAGAACAAAGAACAAAGAAACGAAACUGGAGACACUCAAACCGAAACACGCUUCAUCGUCUUCGAAUGUGGAACGAAACAACAAACUGCAGAGUGACACUUGAGGGAUGGCGGGGACGAGGGGGAGGUGUCUGAGGGCGAGGUGGGGGAGGAGGAGGCGGGGGUGGUGGUGGGGGUCGUAGGUAGCGGUGGUGGUGGUGGUGGUGCUGACGUCAUGGUGCCACAUCGUAAGGUCACGGUGCUCUUGGUGACCUGCCUGACCCUGACCUCGGCUGACCCAGAUCCAGACGAGGAGAAGACCACGUUCGACUGGUCUUCCUGGUGGAGCUACGAUGGGAUCUCAGGCCCCGGGUUCUGGGGUAUCAUCAACAGAAGGUGGCGGUUGUGUAGCGACGGGCGCAGGCAGUCACCUGUCGACCUGGCCACCUCGUCUAUUGUGUUCGAUCACACCCUCCCUCACCUGAGUCUCUCCUCCCAUAAGGUCGACGGGACGCUCACAAACACGGGCUUUGGUCUGCGGUGGUCCGUGGGCGCGGGCAAGGCGUGGCAGGUGAGUGACGGGCCCCUGCACUACGCCCACACGCUCGCGCACGCCGUCCUCAGGUGGUCUAACGCGGCCCGCUCCACGCACACGGUCGGCUCGGAGCACAGCAUCCAGGGCCAAAUGUUCCCGGCCGAGAUUCAACUUUACCUCUACAACAGCGACCUCUACGCCAACUUCACCCAUGCCCUCGACAAGCCCAACGGAAUCCUGGGCGUGGCUGUCCUCCUGAAGGUGGGCUGGCGACCCAACCCCGUGUUGAAGAUUUGGAUGGACCACAUUCACAUGGUUCCACAUCGAGGAAAGUCCACGAUGAUCCCCUUUGUCCCUAUCCGAGAGCUGUUCACCUCGCCUCUGUACCUCACCUACGAAGGAUCCCUCACUGAGCCGCCGUGCGAGGAGACGGUCACCUGGGUCAUCCUGAACAAGCCCGGCUACAUCACGGCAGAUCAGCUGUGGCACCUGCAGUCCCUGAGGCGAGGAACCCACGGCCAGACCCUCCCCGUGACAGGCAACUUCAGACCACUCCAGCCUCUUCACACGCGGGCCAUCCGAACCAACAUACCUCCCUACUCCCUUAGCUGCUCGUCUGUAAAUAAAACUCAUCUAUAUCAAGCUGUUGAUCUGACGGGAAGGUGACGGGUGUGUCUUCCAACGCCGCCCCUCCACUGCCUGUGUCACGCCCGCCACGCCCAGAUGUCUCCAAAAUGACGAAGCUUCCCGUCCAGACGCAACAACAAGAGCAACAAGAACAACAACCCCGGAUACAUGCCCUCCCCUCCUCCCUCCCCCCUGCCCCCUAACCCCCUAACGCCCCCACCCUCCUACCAAGUUGUGAUGCGAAUAGACUGUCGUGUAACGCGCUCCCUCUCCCCUCCUCUCCCCUCUCCCCUCCCUUUCCCUCCCUCCCUCCCAUACCUCUACUCGUUGUCCCUUUCUCUUCACUAAGAACACGUCCGUAACAUGUCUAGAUUUUCUUCCUCUCUCAUAUUUCUCUUGCUCUUCCUUUCUCUUCCUUUCCUUCUCGUCUGUUGGUUCUGUCACAUACAAGAAAGGUUUAAUUUGUUCUAUUUAUUCCCUGUGUUUCUUCUGUUUCCAUUUUACUGUCUUGUUUACGUCCAGUGGUCAGGUAAUUUCCUUUUCUCUAUUAAACGGAUUCACUUUAACUGUAUCCUGAGGUAAAUCUGUAAAUCCAUCGCUAUUUCCUUCUUUCUUUUAUAACCAUCAAGGUAUUUUCUUUACGGCACACCGGUAGUGGACUGUUUCCUUGCGUGAAUCUGUAAAUCCAUUAAUAUUUUCUUCAUUCUUUUGUAACUAUUAUGGAUUUUUAUGGAUUUACGAACUGUUUCCUUGCGUCAGUCUGUAAAUCCAUCGCUACUUUUUUCUCUCUCUUUAUUAACCAUCAAGGUGUUUUCUUUAUGGCACACCUGUAGAGAACAGUUUCCUUGCGUCAAUCUGUAAAUCCAUCGCUACUUUUUUCUCUCUUUAUUAACCAUCAAGGUGUUUUCUUUAUGGCACACCUGUAGAGGACUCAUAAAUGGUGCUCACUUUCCCUUGUACCUGGUCAACGUCUUUUUACCUGUCUCGCCUUCCCCUUCACACCUGUGCCUUCUUCUGUCCUUCACCUUCCUUCACUUCGAACAACGAACAAUUUUUUUUGUCUCAAAUUCCACUUCCAUCAAUUGUCAGUCUCUGUAUAUUGCAACACCUCCAUUUCAAAGUUAAUCUGUGUUUUUAUGGCCAGUCUGUCUGUCUACACACACACACACACACACUCACACAUACCUACACACCUACAUAUAUACACACACACACACGCACAGCUCCUUCGCCUCCGCCUCUGUACCGGGAAACACCACAAUAAACCUUUCUUUUUAUCUUACAUCCAUCUCACUCUAACACGUCGCGGCGCCCGUUUCCGUUUCGUUGCCGAGUUUCACGACACGUUUCGGCUCUUGCUUUUAACUCGCGCCAAUAUUUCUGUCGGUCAACAAUAUCUCUACACCUGACAUUCCUUCCUUGCUCUGCCUUACCUGUGCAGAUCUAGAUUGCAGAGCGUGAUGGAUUCUGUUUUCCAUAUUCUCUGUGUCUCUUUCUUUUGUCUGCCUGUCUCUGUCUCUGUCUGUCUAUCUGUCUGUCUGUCUAUCAAUCAGUCAGGCUUUGUAAUGUGCCUCUCUUUCUAUCUUUCCAUACAGCUUUUUUUUGUCUAACUUUAUCUUUCAUUCACUUUUUUCUUUUUCUUUCAUUUGCUUUCUUUAUCUCUCUGUCUUUCUCUCAUUCAUUCUUACUCCUUCUUCCUUGCUUUUUCUUUCUUUAUUUAUUUCGUUCCUUCGCUCUUUCCUUUUUUUUCUUCUUCCUUUCUUUGGCAUAUCUCAUUUUCUUCUCCUCUCUCUCCCUCUUACUCCUCUUACUUUCACUCUCACUCUCUCUCACUCGCUCUCUCCCUAUCCGUAUCUACCCGCCUAUCUAAACACCUGUACUGUAUCCCUCAUUACCUUAGUCGCCCAAAUAGAGAGGUUCCUGGUCCCAUGCUUAACGUCCUUGGCACCUCGCUCGAAAUCAAAGGUCGAAGUUCAAGCAAGGUCAAGCGAGGUCAGGUCAAGGUCAGCAUGCAGUUUGUACCCCCUCCCCGUAGCCCCCCACUCUCUCCCUUCCCUCCUUUACCCCUCCCACCCCUCCCCAUCCCUUCCCUAAGCUUCUGUAUGGACGCAACGUAAAAAGAUGAUUUAGUGAUAGAAUGUGACGUGUUUUAUUGCCCCGAAAAUAAAUAGUAAACAGUGAGAAUAAUAGACAUAUAUAUACAAUACAAACAGACACACACACACAUGCAGGCAAACACAAAGGCAAACACAGAUG